CGCACGCGCCCACCAGGGCCCCGGGGUCAGGGCUGCGGGAGCAAAAAACAUGUGGGACCUGGGCGGAGAAGCGUGCCCGGGGGCACGCCCCGCCCGCACUUCCUGCUCCUGUGCCUCUCUCGCCCCCCCCCCUCCCAUCUUUCCGCCGAUCAUGACCUCUCUCAACACUGAAGCCGCCCUAAACCAGCUGAUGGCGCACAUCGAGCACAACCCCCUGCAUCGUGCGCCAUCGCUGGAUGCCGAGCAGCUGGACGAGGCAACCACCGCCGCCGAGGGGGCCGUCUUCGCGGCCCUGCAAGCGCUGCCGCCAUCGCACUUGUCUCUCUUCGCCGCGGCGGCGGCCGGCAACGCCGGCCCGACGGUGGUCGAUCUGCGCAGCGACACCGUCACCCAGCCGACCCUGGCCAUGCUGGACGCCAUGACCAUUGCCCAUGUGGGCGAUGACAUUUGGGGCGACGACCCGACCACGCGCCUGCUGGAGGAGACCGCCGCGCGGGUCCUGGGCAAGGAGGCCGCUCUCCUGAUGCCGAGCGGCACCAUGGGCAACCUUGUGGCCGCCAUGGCCUGGUGCCCGACGCGCGGCGCCGAAAUCCUCGCCGGUGCCGAAUCGCACCUGGUGGUCUACGAGCAGGGCGGCACCGCUCAGGUUGCCGGCAUCCACACCCGCACGGUUCCCAACUUGCCGGACGGCACCCUCUGCCUGGACACGGUGGAGGCGUACCUCCGGCCGCGUGGCAGUGCUCUCGGCACCGGUGACACCAGUGUCUACGGGUCUGGCCCGACCGGCCCCCGGGGCGGGGAUGACUGGCAGCCCGCUCGGUUCCCGGUCCCCCCGGGGGCCUUCGACCAGGCGGACCCGCACUACCCGGUGACGGGGCUCAUCUCGCUGGAGAACACUCACAACCGCUGCGGCGGCCGGGUGGUCCCGAUCGACCAUGCCGAGGCUCUCGGGCGCCUGGCCGGGCCGGUUCCCAUUCACAUGGACGGCGCGCGGGUGUUCAACUCGGCGGUGGCUCUCGGCCGGCCGGUGGCCGACCUGACGGCCGGCGUGUCCUCCGUGCAGGUGUGCCUGUCGAAGGGCCUGUCGGCUCCGGUGGGUUCCAUCCUGGCCGGCCCGGCGGAGAUGAUUGCCCGGAGCCGGCGCAUGCGCAAGGUCCUCGGCGGCGGCCUCCGCCAGUCGGGUGUCAUCGCCGCGGCCGGCCUCGUGGCUCUCGGGGCCAUGGUGCCGCGGCUGGCGGUGGACCACCUGAAUGCUCGGCGCCUGGCCGCCGGCAUCCAGGAGAUCGGUGCGGCUGCCGGCCCGGCCGGCACGCUGGAGGUGUCCUGCGAUCCGGCCACCGUCGACACCAACAUCGUGCUGUUCCAGGUCCGCCCGGGCCAGGCCGGCACCGGGGCGACCAGCGCGCCGGGUGGCUUGUCGCCGGCCGACCAGCUGGUGGCGCGUCUCCGCCCGCACGGCAUCUGGGUCGGCUCCUUCGGGCCGAAUCAGGUUCGCGCCGUCACCCAUCGCCACAUUACCGAGGACCAGAUUGAUCGCACUCUGCUGGCCCUCAAGCAGGAGCUUGCCCAGGGGUGAGUGGUCCCCCCCCCCCCCCGCCAAACCG